AGUACUGCACACCGUGUACUGCACUGGGAAAGAUAAAAAAUGGGACCGCACUACCGCAACCACACUACUGAUUUUUCAGUACCGCGCCCACCUCUGUCCAAACCCCUUAUGCAAGAGUUAACCAGCAUCUUCACACUUUCAUCCCUUCAUUGAUAAGUUGUGAGUGCAUUAAAAAUGCCACUGCAUAUCAAUUUGACAGUGGAUGGUUCAAGCAGAGUUGGUUUGGAGGAAGGUGCCAAGAAGAUAGCAGUGAAGUUGAAACCUGACUGGAUUGAAGAUAACUUACAGUAUCAGGUGUAUACAAGUGGCAUCACAAACCAACUCAUUGGUGUGUGGGAUGGUGAAAGGGACAGCCAGGUCCUAGUGAGGGUGUAUGGUCAAGGAACAGACAUGUUCAUUGAUAGAGAUGCAGAGAAGAGAAACAUUGAGAUUUUGCAUAGUGUUGGUUGUGCUCCUAAGUUGCAUGCAGUUUUCAACAACGGGAUAUGUUAUGGAUUUACCAUUGGGAUCCCUUCAACGCCUUCUUUAAUAAUCCAAGAGCCUGUUUGGAGAGCAGUAACUCAAGAAAUGGCAAAGGUUCAUAGAACAGAGGGAGGAGAUAAAACAAGACCAUCGACUUUUCUGAAAAUCCGUCAUUUUUUGGACCUUGUGCCUGAAAAAUUUGAAUCAGAGAAGCAAAACAGAUUGGAUGAACACAAGUACAACAAAAGGCUGUUAGAUCAAGAAAUCACUGAACUUGAAAAGAUUCUCACUAGUUUGGGAUGUCCAGUUGUCUUCUCCCAUAAUGACAUUCUUCUGGGUAAUGUAAUCUGGAAUGAAAACACAAAAACAGCCUCUUUCAUAGACUUUGAGUAUGGAGCAGCAAAUUACCAGGCUUUUGACAUUGGCAACCACUUCAAUGAAUUUGCAGGAGUAGAUGAGGUCGACUACAAACUGUAUCCAAAUAAAGAAUUUCAAUACAAGUGGUUACGAAGCUACUUGUCUCACUACCUUCGGAUAAAGGAGGUAGAAGUAAAUGAAAAGGAUAUUGAAAAAUGGUACAUCUGGACCAAUAAGUUCGCACUUGCUUCACAUCUAUUCUGGGCUUGUUGGGCUUUGGUUCAAGCCCACUAUUCAACAAUAGACUUUGAUUUUCUUGGAUACUCCAUCAUAAGACUUAAUGAAUAUUCUCGAAGAAAAGAUGAAUUUUUGAGUCUAUCUCCUGAAGGACAGCAAGAUUAAUCCUCUUAUGUACAGGGAUUAUAAGAUGUAGCACGCCCGGCUUACACACUUAUCAACACAUCAUCAAAGUCAUUUGAGGGAUGCUUACAGCUACUUUUUAAUUAACGAGGCAGAAAUAUCACAUGACGGCACACACACCACUUUGAACUGCAAUGUUUGAGAAUUCUGAGCUAUGAGUGCCCUGGCCAUAACCAAGAAUGAUAGACUACAAGGACAGUUCACAGAGCAUUGUUUAACAUUCAGUGCAUAAUUGUUGUCAUGAUUCCUGGUCCAAAUGUGAGCUCAGCAUUGCAUGAUAUCCUGAUAUUCCACUGCUUUAGUCUGUAUAUUAUAACCAUCCCACAGGUUGGCCACCAUGCAGUGUUCAUUGUUUGGUUCCAUUCUGUAUUGUGUGUGUUGGUUGGUAAUAACAUACAACACUUGAUGCACUGGAUUGCUCUCUUUUAUCCUUAGUUGCAGUCAGUUCACCCACUAGGUCUAAAGUUCUUACAAUCCAUGUUUUAAAGUAGCUUUUGUACUGCUGUGUCAUAGUUUUCCCUCUAUAAUUAGUAGUUGCAAGGGUUGGCUUUAAAGAGUUUUAUGAUAUGUUGCUGGAAGUGGGUCUGCUAAGCAACAGGCGCCAGCAUGGGGAUGGAAUGAUCGGUACUCCACAGUAGCUGCUAUGCGCAAGCCUUGGAACAGCCCUCAUACAAAACACCUUUUUAACUCCUUCAGUUUAGGGCAAGUUUCAUAUUUCUCAUACUAAUUUAUUUAGGAUUUAUUAUUUUACAAAAGAAUUAUAUUGAUAGGAGGGUUUCAAAUGAGAAAAUGGCUGAAAGCCCUGGGAUGGAGACACCUGUUAUCCCUUUUUAUACAUGUAUUUAAAUAUUAUGCAAAUAAUAAUUUGUUAUUAACUGAAUUUUUUAGGUACCAGUUAAACGUUAUUGGUGAGAUAGUACUGUAUGAUGGGUGGCAAAGAGUUUUUGUGGUUUUAUUGGGUGAGUGGCUAUAUGGUUUCAUAAUGUCAUUCAUAGGAAAUGUACUUAUGUUUUGUUAUUCCUGUUGUUAUAUUAAUUUGUUAUAUUUGUUAUAAGUGGUGUCAUGAUAAUGUGCAAGGUAUAGGUAUAGAUGAUGCUCCAACACUGAAAACAAAAAUUCUAGUUCAAUGUAGUUGUAAAAGAAAAUUUAGAGCUCAGAGCAGUUUCAUGCAAAAUAUAGAAAAUUAUUUACUCUGCAAAAAUCACAGAUGAUAAAUGAGUGUUACUAAAAUAUCAAAUAAUAUUCCUUAAAACAGAUUUCUCUUCACAAGAAAAUUUCUGGAAAUUUCUUUGAGACUUUUUUUUAAAUUUCACCUAUGUAUGAAUCACAGACUUUCUUAAAUGCUCAUCAUGUCUCAACUUCUCCGUCAUGGCUUCAGAAUAGCUUUUGACUUGGUGAAAAAUGUGAAAGCUUUUUAACUUAUCUGUCAGGAUUGGUGUUUAUGCUUUGAAAUGGUCUCUGAAUUGAAGUUGGUGACUGCUAAAGUUAUGUCAACUCAGCAUGUUGAAUGUUCCACAAGUCUUGAGAAUGUGUUCUCUAUGAUAACAUGUGGAAUUCUACAUGAAAAAUUAGGAUUCUCAAAGUCUAGACUAGAGUCCACAGAUUUUUAUUUUUUUUCAGUUGUUGUUUUAGUUAGAUUGCCUAUUAGUAUAUCCCCAGAAAGUAGUGAUGAAGCUUUCAGGGUUCUGCAAGAUGACUUUAUGAAAAGUAUGCUUGGUUUCAUCAAUGAAUGAAAAUUCGGAAGUUGAUGUAACAUAUGGAAGCAUAAUUAGAAAAUCAGUAAAUCUCCCUACCCAUCCUAAUAAAAGUGAAUAAUAUAUAUAUAUAUAUAUAUAUAUAUAUAUAUAUAUAU